AUGGACUCCCUCGAGGCUAGACUACAAUUUAUUCAGGUGCUGAAGAACCUACAGAAGACGUUACACAAGACAAGGGACUCUGCCGCAUCAUCAUCAACAACUACCCCGCCGUCAUCGCAACAAAAGCUGAACAAUGACCCUAUACAAUUCUACUUGAGAAAUUACAGGCAUCACUAUGAGGACUUCCACCAGUGUUUGUUUGAUACGACCAUAAAGAUGGACCCACUGGACAGACUGGAUGUGGUGAUAUACUAUGUCAGGAUAAUAAGGAAUUUAUAUCCGCACAGUCAUUCUAACACCAGUGUCACCAAAGUGCUAAAUGAAGUGCUGCUAAUGGACAUAGAUUUGGUUUUUGAGCUCUGUCUGCCAUGCCAGGACUGGCAAUCACUCACCAACCUAAAUACUUGUAAGGAACUGUUCCUCGACCUGUCAAGCCUGAUCCAAUACAACGCUACCACAGCCGAGCCCACACCAUCAGACGCUACAAACAUAGAGCCUGCUACGACAUGGUACAGUGUCAAGACAGGAAGGACUACUCAGGAGUACAGUCAAUCAUUACAGCGAACAGAAAUUUUGCUAAAAGACAGAGAUGCAAGAAAACUGGCUUUUUUUCAACAGUUCAAUUCCGAUACAACCACCAUUAACCCAGAUUUACGGACGCAGCCAACAAACACGAACAUCCUAUUGCACAGAAUGGAGGCAGAUAGGGAACUACACAAGAGAUCGAAGGAAACAAGUUGGUACGUUGAAAGGCCCUCCAACGAUAUGCUAGAUGAAUCUGAAUUCCAAAGCUUGUGGACACAUUUCGAAACUACUGAUUCAGGGUUCGAUAAGGACGACUAUAAAAGCAUCAAGGCUUUGAAUGACAUUGCAAAAGCAUCCUACAUGUAUUAA